GGGAAUGAACGCCGUAAACCAGAGGGACUCGAACCACGAACCCCGUGCUGAUUUUUCAAUGUCUAGAACUGAUGCGGAUGGAGACUCCAAUCCCGCUGUUUCUCAAACUGACACUGUUUCCAAGCAACCCAUCCAGGAAGCUCACAAAUACAUGGAGAUGAAGCCCAUAUCUCAUCAAAGAAUUCCACCCAGUCAACAAAACCAUACACCUGGUAACUCUUCUUCUCUGCACUUGACACUGUCAGCUUCUGCUUCAUCACGGAAAGAGAGUCCAGCCUCAGAUGCCAUACUUAAAAAAGAGUUUAAUUCCAGUGACAGAAGAUUCAUAUCAUGCUCAGGUCCUGCAACAUUUCCUCGGACUGGAGUUUCGCUAGACAGUCUAGAUUCGGUGAUCACAACAUAUUUAUGAUUUUUUUCACAUGAUUUAAUUGAAAAAUUGUCAUACUUCAUAGCUAGAAAAAAUGGGGUUUGUAGUACUUACCAUGAUUUCAGAAAAAUAUAUUUAGCAGAGACUGGAAACAAUCAUAAAA